AUCACACUUGUGGCAGCUGUGGCAGCGAGCAGCAGUUUGGGGCUGCCUGCUGAAAGAGCCCUCGCGGCGCCUGGAUGUCAAACUGCGAGGUGUUUACUGUGACCCCCGUCUUCGAGCUUGAGCAGCACCAGGUGCACGAGGUCCUGCGAAUCCUGCUGCACACCAUCGUCUUCAACCGGGCGCUGGGACCCGUCAAGCCCGUGGAGCGCGACUCGGAGCUGUUCGCGGUCACCUGGGUCGAGUGUGGCGACCCCGAGGUGUCCCGCAAGGUAGAGGAGAAGAUAGGCCAGUUUGGCGCCUGGGUGCAGCGCAACCCCGGCAAGCGCGGCCAGGUGUGCCUGUCCUUCUACGAAAAGCGCCAGCGCCAGAGCUGGUUCAGCACCGCCGAGGAGCGGCUGUACUGGGAGCAGUGGGUGCUGGAGGUGGCUGUGGCGGAGCCGCCCCCCGCCGAGUUUGAAGAGCAGCAGGCGUUUGCCGCGUCCAGCCUGCGCGCGCAGCGGCGCCAGCGCCUGCAGGCUGCGAUAGAGGAGGGGCUGACCUGCAUCGUGCGGGCAGUGAACGACAAGCGCGACCACAUCCCGCCUGUGGUGUCGGCCUCUGCGGUCACCUUCCCCUUUGACAUCCAGGUGGCGGGCGACAGCGGCUCUGUGUUCAGCCUGGGAGUGGUGAAGCGCAUGCUGCAGAGCACCAACCCGCCCUCCGUGCUGCACUGAGCCUGAGCCCCUCGCGCGG